AUGGGAACGCAUCAUGAAGGUAAUCAGAUUGCUGAAGUGCUGGUAUCGCAUUAUACAGAAUUCUUGGGGAUGGAGGUUCUGGUUCAUGAGGUUAACUUGGAUGGCCUCUUCACUAAUGUUUUAAGUGGGGAGGCUGCGGAUCAUAUGGUUUCUCAGGUUUCUCGUGAGGAAGUUAAAUCUGCCAUGUUCAGUAUUGGAGAGGAUAAAGCCCCAGAUAGGGGUCCGACUAGAUGUGCAUUCAAAAUUGAUAUUCAGAAAGCAUAUGAUACGGUUAAUUGGUCUUUCUUGAAAGAUAUUUUGAUUCGAUUUGGGUUUCAUCAGAAAAUGGUUGGGUGGAUUAUGACAUGUGUUUCGACAGUUUCUUACUCGCUGAGCAUCAAUGGUAACCUACAUGGCUAUUUUAGAGGCAAACGCGGGUUACGGCAGGGUGAUCCCAUGUCUCCCUAUUUAUUCACGUUAAUCAUGGAGAUUCUUUCUUGUUUGCUUCAACAGGCUGCUUCCUCUCCGUUUAGAUAUCAUGCUCAUUGUGCCAAACAAAAAAUAAUUAAUGUCUUGUUUGCUGAUGACUUAUUUAUUUUUGUUCAUGGUGAUACUGUUUCGGUUAAGAGGGUCAAGGAGGCGCUUCAGACGUUUACUAACAUUUCAGGUUUGGCCCCUAGCCUAGCGAAAAGUACAGUUUUCUUCUGCAAUGUUCCUCACUCGAUUAGACAGGAAAUUCUGGAUAUUAUGCCAUUUCAAGAGGGUGUUUUUCUGGCUUCUUUUUUCAUUAUUCCUACUCGGGUUAUUAAUGAACUUGAGAAAAGAAUCCGUAGAUUCUUGUGGAAUGCAGGAUCGGAAGGUCAAAUCCGUGCGAAAGUUGCUUGGAAAGAUGUGUGUUUGCCUAAACAAGAAGGUGGUUUGGGUAUUCGGAGUAUAUCUGAUGUUAAUAAAUCACUUAUGGCUAUGCAUGUGUGGAGUAUUUUAACAAAACGGGAGUCCAUUUGGGUGAGAUGGAUUCAUGAAUAUAAGCUUAAAGGGAGAAAUUUUUGGGAGGUUCCUUCUCGAGGGAGCAUGAGUUGGGGAUGGCGGAAAAUAUUGUCUAUUCGGAGCAUUGUGCGGCCUCACAUAUGGAAUAAAUUGAAGACGCAGGAUAGAUUGGCGGUCUGGGAAGCAGGAAGUGAAACAAAUCUUAAUCUCAUGUGUUGCCCAUUGUGCCACUAUGAUCGCGACAGCCGAGAUCAUCUGUUUUUUCAAUGUGUGUUUGCGGAUCAAGUUUGGGCAAAUGUAAAGGGUAUGGUAAACUUGGAUAGCGUUGAUAACACAUGGGAGUCCUUAAUGGUUUGUGUUUAUCAGUAUUCUAACUCGAAGACAGUAGAUGACAUUGUGUGUAAAUUGGUGGUUGUUGCGACCACUUAUUACAUCUGGCAAGAGAGGAACAGUCGGCUUUUUACUUCUAAUCAAUUAACUGUGUUGCAAGUUGCUGAGAAGAUCAAAAGUUCAGUUCGGCUUAGACUUAUGGGUUUCAAGUUUCGAUUGGAGUCCGCUAGGAGGAGGAUAUUCAAAAUCUGGAAGAUCAGUGAUAGCAAGGAUGGGGAACCUGAUCCGGGCUAG